CCCCCGCCCUACGGUGGCCGCGGCGCGUUGCUCCCCGCGCUCGUCUCCGCGCUCCGCGUUCCUCCCCGCGCUUCGCCGCCGGCUCCGGGGAAGCGGCGGGGGCGGCGAUGUCCGAGCGCCAGCAGGCCCGGCGAGGCCUCAGCCCGCCUUCCCGCCGGCACAGCGGACGCUGGGUCGGGCCCUGAGCCGCCCCGGAGCCGGGUAACCCCCCCCCCCCCCCUCCCCUCCCGCGGUGAGCGCUGAGGAGCCGGCGAGGCCUGGGGCUGCCCCGGCCUGAGGGAUGGGGAUCCUCUUCACCAGGAUAUGGAGGCUGUUCAACCACCAAGAGCACAAAGUAAUCAUUGUUGGUCUGGACAAUGCAGGAAAAACGACCAUUCUUUAUCAAUUCUCCAUGAACGAAGUGGUGCACACCUCGCCCACCAUCGGGAGCAACGUGGAGGAGAUCGUGGUUAACAACACGCGCUUCCUGAUGUGGGAUAUCGGGGGGCAGGAGUCCCUCCGCUCCUCGUGGAACACCUACUAUACAAACACGGAGUUUGUGAUAGUUGUUGUGGACAGCACAGACAGAGAGAGAAUUUCUGUGACUAAAGAAGAACUGUAUAAAAUGUUAGCACACGAGGACUUAAAAAAAGCAGGUUUGCUGAUCUUUGCUAACAAGCAAGACGUUAAAGAGUGUAUGACAGUAGCUGAAAUAUCUCAGUUUCUAAAACUGACUUCGAUUAAAGAUCACCAGUGGCACAUUCAGGCAUGCUGUGCUCUAACUGGAGAGGGACUCUGCCAAGGACUCGAGUGGAUGAUGUCGAGACUUAAGAUCAGAUGAUUUUUAAUGACCUCUUUGCACAGACAUUGCUUAAAAAGAGCUGUACCCGUGAUUACCUUCACAGUGGCAGAAUUAAUGGGAUAGAUGUAUUUAUACUGAACUGAUUUCAACUUUAUUUUCUACAUAGAUGCACACACACGUACGUGUAUAUAAAUAAGACCAUUUGGCAAAAAGAAAGAUGCAGUUGAUGGCUCCAGUUUGGUUUCCUGUUUGUUUUCCUCUGAAGAUGCAUUUAAAAGCUGUGAUCAACCUUCUUUUCAAGAUACAGCCACUGAGAACAGUCCGAUGUUGACUGUGGUGAAGAUGAAGUGAGAGGAAGGAGCUUUUAUCUCUGAGUUUUAUUAUUCCACUGUAGUCCUCUCUAGUCGAAGGUGUUGGCUUCAUUAUUCCAGUAAAUUAGCAAGCAAAUCAAUGGCAUAGAUAUCAACUUUCCAGUAUUUUUAAGGUUACUGAUGUUACAAAUGCAAAAAUAUUUUCCUGUAUGUGUACUGUACAUAUUUGUGUAUAUUUAUACCUCAAUUUUAGGUUAAUUGCAAUCUGUUCAGACCAGUGUGUAAAGCUGAAUCGGUAUGUUGACAGUAGGACUAAUAUUUGACGUCGCCAACAUGUCACAACUCCUUCUCCUUUGUCAGCUGUAGGGCUGUAACGUCCAUCAGGCAGUUGGCUCACCGCAACUUUAUAAAGCAAACUCUCUCCUAAGACCAGGGGUUGUUUUCUCACAUGAUUUUUUAGUUGGGGAGGAUGCCCUAAUGAAUCGGGGCGUAUGGAUUGAGCUUCAAAUUACAGUGGUGGCAAACAGUAAAAAUUUGCCGGAGUGUUUAAAAUUAAACGGAUUUUUUUUUUUUUUUAAUUGCAGUCAUCAUUGGAUUGGUUGAUUCCAAAAAGUGUAUGUCAUCCUGUCUGAUGGUACUGCUUUUUUUUUUUUUUUUAUUUGCAGUACUGUUCAUUUAUGAUUCAGGUCUAGUAGAAGUACCUUUAGCUGUCUUAAAGGGAAAAAUGUCAUCUUGUUUUUUGUUGUGUUUUUUUUUUUUUUUGUCUUAACCAAAGAAGAGGCACGAAAGUACGUUUAAAAGUCCCACUGGAAUCUUACAAAACAAGUCACGCUCUGUAUUAAGUGUUUUUCAGAGGAAGGCACACUUCUCUUUGGUAGCAUAAAAUGUAUAUGUAUCUGUAUGCAAUGGAUGGAACUGGGAUGGAGACCGAAACAGAUUACACUACUUGAAAAGCUGUAAGUGACCCCUCGAUCAUGUUCCCACAGAAGUUCCGGGGCGGUGCUUCUUGAAAAUGUAACUCCCUUGCAUGGUCCCCAGGUGAGUUCUAAAGAAGUCUCAGAACACUAUGUGAUUGUCUUUUCUUCCUGCAGCACCUAACCCCGUCCAGAAGUUGUUUGGCAUCACCAUUUGAAAGGAUACAGGCUUUUCAGUGGGACGGCAGUUGGCUGGGUUGAAAUGUCGUCAGUAUUGUGAACGUGUACGUAGCCUUAAUCAGAGGCUUUUGUGUUGGAGAUGUAUGUUCGGGGAGCAUAGCAAAAUGAAAUAAAACUUUGUUUAAAAUGUCCUUCCCUUUCUUAGCUCAUCUCUCUGAUAAGGAUGGAAAAGACAUUUUAAAGAAGCAGCCUAGUUUGAACUUUUUAAGGUGCUUAUCUUGGGUUAUGGGAUAAUCUAAUCAGCGUGCCUGCCUUCCCGCUCGCCUGCUUCACUGUCAUCAUGUUGUGAAUUUGUAGGGAAAAGAAGGGAGGCAACUUCAAAAGUCUGUAGUUAACAAAAGCAGGUAAAGAAUUUAACUUUUUAAUAUAUUUUUGGUAUCUCUUUACGAUGCUCACUGGCUAGGGAAUCUGCUGUCUUUGUUAAACAUUUUAAUGUGUACAUGCAUAUAUUUAUAGUGCAUGCACAUAGGUAUUGGUAUUUAACUGGUGUAUUGCAAAAUGUAUAAAUGUUUGAAGAAAUAACAAUUUAAUGCAAAGACUUUCUCAGUUUAUCUGAUGGUAUCUGCAAGAAACGAGCUCUGUGCGCCCUUGCAUAUGAAAUGGAAUUGUACGUUUUCUAGUCUUAAAAAAAGAAAAAGCAGACUUGCUUACAAACCGAAGCAUUUGGCUUUUGAGUCUUAUGUCUUCCCUUUCAUCUCUUUAAAAAUAUUUUGCUUUAGUAUUGUUAAAUACUGCAUACUUCUGCCUGAAUCUGCACAGGUGGUGUGUGUUGGGUUUUUGUUUGUUUUUAAGAGAGUUGUUCCUGUUAACGAAAGAAAAGCCACGUAGCAGUAUUCUGCUAUCUGCUUCCUGCUGAAAUUUGCUGCUUACUCCCUCGCUUUAAUUUGUAGGAUUUAGCACAUCCAUAUAAUGAAAGCGUGGUGGGGUUUUCCAGGUAUGCCUUAUGUUACAACCAGACAGCUUAUGUUUACACAGAAGUCAAUUUAUGUUUACUUUUUCCCCUCUCAGUAUCCUGGCCUCUUCCACUUUCUGCAGCCUCUAAGAUACCGCGUGGUUCGCUUCAUCUUCGUUUCACAAGCGGCAGCAGACCCUGGUAGGGAGUUGGGAAUAACUGCUCACGUGAAGCCUGCCUGCUCAAACAAUGUCUUUUGUGCCCUGAAGAGUUCAUAAUCCAAAAAUUAAAUCGUUCUCCGUGUGUUGGGAGGUGAACAACCCAACCUUCACCCGACUACCAAAGGGUGCGUGGCACGUCACGUGUGCCGACGAGUUUUCCGUCUGGUUUGGGAUCCCCCCAGUACUUUGGAGGGAGUUCAGUGGUGGGCAGUGCUUGCAGACGCGUCGCGUGCCCGUAGCGUUCUUGGCGGGGGGGCUUAGGAAUCAGAGGAAGAUAGAGCUUCGCUCUGAAUGCUGGGCUUGCAGUCUCCAUAAGCGGGGUGGAUUUUGGCUGUAGGAGCUGGGUUGUCAACAGGGGUGCCGGUUCCAAACUCUCCCCUUGCACGCUGGGUGUGAUCCUGUUUCUAAGCGCAGCAAAGCCUAGCGAAGGCGGAGCAGCGUCAUCCGGCCGUUGCAGUGGGAGCUUCUGCAGGAAAGUGUCUCUGCCUGGAGGUUCUUCCUGAGAACGAGUGUGCUUGCUCGGGUUCUCACGAGGUGAACAGCAGAAGAAUGUGCGAGCGCAUGCCCUCCUGGUAGUGCUGUGGCUGUUGCCUUCUGUGCAAAGUUAGAAAUGCUUUUAAAUUUACUCACCUUAGCAGGGCUGGCGAAGAGCAGACCGACUUUGGAACACACAAACCCUUUUUGUCUGUGCUGCUUGUUUAGAGCUUUUUUUUUUUUUUUGUCUUUUCCCUGUAGGACAAUUCACAUUUUUCUCGCAGCUCUGUAGAAAAGCAAGUUAACUUUGCAUCAGUGCUGCUUUCAGCUUCAUUCGGUUAUUCUUUGGAAGUGAUUGUCUUAACAUGAGUCAUGACCUUGACUUGUAUUGCUUUUGUGUUUUCACCCCCUGUGUGUUGUGUUGCCUUGGCUUUCAGCUAAAGCUCAAGAUUACUUUGCCUUUGUUCUUCAUGAAAUUCAUUCUUAGGAUAUUAUACGGAAAAAGGGAGGGGAUUUUAAAAAUGGUGAUUUGAGUUUAUGCUGCCGAAUGGCAUUUUACUAGCAAAAAUAAAUACAGCAAUAAGUCAUAUUUCAGUAGUCUAAUACUUAAAAUGAUGCUUUUGCUUUAGCAGAUAACAAACUUGGUAAAUCACCUCUGUAACAUGUUGCCUCUGUGAGCUAAAAAUUAUUAUACAGGUUUUUAAUCGUGAGGAAAGGCGGAAUAUAGAACUUGGAAAAUGUGAACAGGAAUCUACCUAGCUUCUUUUUUUACUUCUUAUUUUUCCCAGGGAGGUUGAAUAGCUGUUUUCCUAUGCGUUAUACAGUGUGUUUCUAGGUGUAGGUGUGCGGGUGUGAAUGUUAAACAUAUGUGAUGGGCACCUUCUACAGUCUGUGCAGCUCAAGUGCCUAAAACUAGUUCGGUGAGCUUUGGUUUUUUUUUUUUCUUUCUAUGCUACAAUUUCCAUUUUCCUUAAAAUAGAUAUAUUUCUAUAACAGCAUCCAAAUGUGUGUAAAUGAGUGGUUUUUUUCCCCUCCCUACACACCGGUUUUAACAUAACUUCCAAUAAGUUUUUUUUACAGUUCCGUUCUAUCCCCUACAUUCCAAGCACUUUUCCAUUUAUCAGACAUCACAUAGCCGGCUUGCUUUGUGAAAGGAAAUAUUAAAUUUGUCCUUGUAUCAGAUUGGCUAGCUGGAAUUCUUUUUGAGGAAUUCUUUAAAUAAUAACUUAAUCCAAGAAUACUUGGCCUUGGCAGCAUCCUCAUGUCACUAGCUCCUUUUUAAUUGGCUAGCAAAACAUUAACUUUGCAACCGUGAGAUAAAUUAUGUCUAAAAAAUUGUUUUCAGCCAAUUCGAGUGAAUGUAAUAUUAAGCCUUUAAAUGGUGCAUCGCUGAGCGUUAGGGGACAGAACUGAUUGGAUGUCACGAGGAAUGGCACUAAGAAAGAAAAACGUCUUUGCAUAUAGUCGUGAUGUGUAUUAAAAAUACAAAUGUGACUUGAGUAUAAUUGUUGCAGCGAAUAUACUAAAUGUACAAAAUGAGAAAUUAUAAGUGGUUGCCACUAACUUUUCUAUAAUGUGCUUUAGAAUCGUAAGCAGAAAAUAUAUUCUUGCCUUACUAGGAUUUUACUGGUUCAUUUUUAUAUUGUACAGAGACUUUUUUUGAAAAUGUUCUUCACAUUAGAUGGAAGCCUUUAUUCAUAACAUUCAUAACCAUACUCGUGUACCACCCUUAACCUUUUAAGCCAGAUUUCUUGAGAGUAAGGACACGAGUUGGGUGAGGUUUUUAAGCUUUUCCUAUUUGUAAAUUUAGAAAACUUAGCUGAUACUAAAUUAAGCUAGAAAAUGCUGCUUUACCUAGAAGGCUAUAAAUCAUUCUUUGUAAAUCAUCAGCUCAGUGUUACUCUUGUGUAUAAACACUUCCUGCAUCAAACGCUGUGGAGAGUAGAAGAGGUGGCCAAGAAAAAACGGAUCCACCUGCGGAGAGAUGCAAAGAGUUUUAGAAACAACCAGACACCUCAGGUUGGAAAUCCUGAGCGCUUUCAUGGCGACUGAAUUGGUACUAUAUGGUAGACGAGUGGUAACUGAUCCAGUUUGAACCGUGUCUGUAUGAGUGUUUUCAUGGAUGUUUUCAACGUGUCCUCAACUUUCUUCCUUUUCCGCACCCUUUACCCCGUGGCCACAGCCCGUUGGUGCUCGGUCCGAGUCUGCCCUUGCGGCUCCGGGGGGGCCAGCAGGUCUCGGGGGACCCAGCUCCUCAUCCUUACCCUCCACCAAGUACUGGCCUGUAACACCAACCUCCAACACUAAGCCUGCAGUUCUCGGCGGGUAAAGGAAGCGGAUCAGAUUAGUUUAGUAACCAUGUAGUUGCAUUAUAGUAGAUUAUCUGUCUGUUUUUUACAAAUGCAAAGUAGCAGCCGUAUGUGCACGCAUUAAUCAUACAACCAGGGUCAUAUUUCUUUUGAUCGCUUGUAUUUUGUACUUCUCUUUCUACAAACUUUGUCUUCUUUCCGAAAGAAGUGCGUAAAGUAUGUGGCUAACACUGAUACUGCAAUAAAAUGUCAUUCCAGAACAUACAAAAUUACUGCUUCAAAUUGAUACCAAGACUUGUGAGGGCCGGUGUUUCCUGGCUUGAGUACUUUUCUGGCUGAAACUUGAGCAUGUUUAUUGAAGUCAUUUAGGUAAAACUUUUUAUAAAGCUAUUUAUUCAAAUAAAGUUCAAUUAUGAUUCUGUUAAAUAACUUUUCCUGAAAUGUUGUCAGAACAUUCCUUGAACUGUUUCCCCCUUACCUCUUUCUGUCUCUUCUGACUUUUAAAAUCUGAUUUUCAUUUAGUUGAAGGGAACUCUUUCAGUUCUUCUAAUUCUUGUUGAAGAAGUGAAACAAACACAGAUUUGAUCUAAAAUCUUUGAGAGGGGAGCUGCGUACAAGCAUGUAGACACAUUUAUAGAUAAUGUCAGAAUUGCUAAUUCUUAAAAACCUACCAGUAUUGAUUAAGAUGAAAGCACUUGUCAAAAUUGUACUGUUUGCAUCAAACCUUUUGCGUGGACGUGUUGCGGUGAGACUUUUCAAGCAGAAAUGGUUUCUGACCUAGUACGUGGGGCUGCCCAGCCGCUGCUGGGGUGGAAUGCGCUGUUCUGCCGAACCUGUGGUGACGGGCUGUGUAUCAGGAGGUCGUUUGGGAUGAGUCUGGUAAGAAGGGUGAUUCGGCUGGUUUCAGAUAGAUUGGAAAUGAAAAUAAAUGCUGAAAUGCCCUUUUCCUGUAGAAAAUACUCAGUUCCAGUGGUGUACCGCUCCUGCGGACUCACAUACUGCACGCUGGUAUCUGCAGCCUUGGGGGGCGGGGGGGUUUACAGGCAGCUGCUUAGAAAGGGGGACAGAUGAAACCAAAACCGGGUUAAAAAGGAAAAUUAUCGUGUUACUGUACUCAAGGUACGUUGCUGGUCAGCUCUGCAACGCAGUCUUGCUCACGUGUGUUAAUUUUGGACUUCUUGCUUUAUUUCUAAUUGCCCUGUGUUUGUAUCCUUGUGGUAGUCUUGUAGAAUGACUUUUCUGGUGGGUAACGCACAGGCAGAUGGUGUGAACUGAGUUUUGAGGAAUCGGUAACCGCAGCAGCCCCUCCCUCACCAGGGCGCGAUAGGCGGCAGAAUGCUUUUCCGCACUCUUGAUCCUUCUGCCUCUGAUUUUCGCCGUGUGUCCACCUGAAACCUUUCCCCCUCGUGACGUGGCUCUCCUGUGCAGGUGGGUGUUGUCUCCUGCCGCUCCCGGCGCGUCCCGUGUUGCGUUGCUGCGCUCCGGCUCCGGGCAGGUUUUGCCGGCGGGCGAAGGAGCGCUGAGCUCCCUUCGAAGCCGUACCCGCCCCUGGGCUGCAUCUUGCCUGUUCCUUUUCCUCUUAACCCAAUUAUUCCUUGACUUUGCUUCGACUCUCCUGAAAACUGCUUGUCUUUUUCUUUUGAAUCCAAUUAAAUAUAUUGUGAUUAAAAAAAAAAAAAAAAAAGCCAUUAUCACAUACUUACUCUUCUCUAUUUUCCUCUGAACUGUUUGUUCCUGGGGCCAUGUGCCUGUUGCCUGCCUCGCGUCCCCCUGGUGCUGUCUGGUCUUAGUCUAUGGAUCACCACGUUGAUCCGUAAAAAAAAAAAAUACAAACACAACAAGUAUUUCUGAAGGUUUUUAUGCUGGUAGGGUUUUAGCAUUAAAUACCAUUACUCUUUUUAAUUGCGCACAAAUAAAAAAAAAAAAAAAAUGCCACUGCCGAACUCCGACUGUUUAACUUUUGCAUCCAACAACUGAAUAUCCUGUGUAGAGCAGACCUGCUGAAAUGAGCCUUGGCUUAGUCAUUUACAUCUGGUGUAUGAAACUGUAAAUAGAUUUUUUUUUUUUAUUUUUUUUUUUUUUAACAAAAAAUGCUGGUAAUGUUGGCUUUUUUUUCUUCCCUGUGUGAAAAUCAAAGACUGCUGUGUUCUCUUUAAUUGUUUGGGGUUUUUUAAAUUAAAAUAUGAUAUAGUACGUUUUUGAUCCUAUUCUCACCUUUAAAAUGACAGGUCGUAUCACUGCUCUUGUUGCACAGCCUACAUUGGUUUAUUCUCUGAAUAUGGUUCUUUAACAUGAGGUUGAAUGGAUGCAAAACCACAGAAAAAUUAAUGUCUUCAGAGUUGAGUCUUGUUAUUAACUUUUUUGUUCUGUCUUGCUUUUUGCCCCUAAUUCUUCAGAGUUGGAAGGCUUCCCCCUGCCCAAAUAUGUAUGUGUGUAUGUCUCUGUAGGCAAACUGUUGGGGUCAUCUGCAAAAAGAUGCAGAUCAUGGAAUAGUAACAGUGAAAAUUAUCUACAUUUUUUGUACAUAAAUAAAGAUUUAGUAUGAUGCUGGUACUGUUGAAGACUUGCUUCCGAGGUCCUUGUCUUGAUUCCAGACAGACCCCCUGUUAUGACCUGUAUGUACAGCUUUGAAACGUGAAUUAAUGGAUGCAUAUUGGAGCUGUGUAAACAACUAAUAAACCUGUUUGUAUUAA